CUUGUGAAGUGUUUGUGUGAUUUGUACUAUUGCGCCGUAUUUCUACGUUGAAUCAAAUGAAUAUAAUAUGAUUCUUCACUACUUCACUUGACUAAUGGCGGUGUCCCUGAACCUUAAAACAUCACAAUUGACAUUUUCAUAAAAUUAAAUCAAUAGUUUUUAAUUUCAACUGAUUUCAACAUAACAAAUGGCCGAAGCAGCAGUGGAAGAACGUCCCAGCCAGAGAUUUUACUGUCACAUCUGUAAUGUACAAUUUCAAAAUGCGUCAGCUAAUUUCACUUGUCCACACUGUUCUGGAGGUUUUAUAGAGGAGCUCGAAGCCGGAACAGAAAAUCCUGAAGGCAUUGUUGAUGCAUCUGAUGAAGAUGAACCUUAUUAUAUGCUGCAUAGUUACCCCAUGGAUAUUGCCGAUAUUAUUUUUGCCCCUGGGCCAGAAGACCAUCAUACUGGACAAAGAUUUGUUAAUGAUGCCAUAAGGAGAAGGUAUGCUGUUCAGACACAUCCAGGGAUUUUUAGACCGAGGUUUGAAAUAAACAUUUUUAAUGUAAUAAUCUUAUAG